AUGUGCAAGAUAUUCAAAAUUAUCAAUUCCUCCAGGGCCACUGCACGGCGGGCCCAGCCGUUCCCGAAGGGCGUGUACGACCCCGAGAGCUCGGCCGCGUACUACGCCGCCAGGCCCGCGAGCGUCGCGGGGCGCGCCGCGGAGUUCGCGGCCGCGGGUCUGGGCUUCGGCUCUGGCCUGCUGCUGGACAGCCUCACCGGGAGCACCGAGGAGAACUCCCCGAGGCGGGCCAAGGAGCUGACGGACUUGAUGGUUCGGUUGGGCCCCACGUUUGUCAAGAUCGGGCAGGCGCUGUCCAUCCGAGGAGAUUUGCUUCCGAUCACCUACCUGAGGGCUCUGACAGAACUCCAGGACAGCGUGCCACCCGUUCCCACCGAGGUGGCCGACGCCAUCAUCGAAUCCGAGCUCGGGAGGCCCGUGGGCGAGCUGUUCGAGGAGAUCUCGAAGAAGCCCAUUGCCUCGGCAUCCCUGGGUCAAGUCUACAGGGCACGCCUCGUGGAUGGGCCGGAGGUGGCCGUCAAAGUGCAGAGGCCUGGCAUGGACGAGCUCAUCGCUUUGGAUCUGUACCUACUUCGGCUUGGGGCCGGGCCGGCGAAAGAGUUCCUCAGCCUUCUGGGCCCCUUCAAUCAGGACCUUGUCGGCCUGAUCGACGCGUGGGGUGAGGGUUUCGUGGGCGAGCUGGACUACAGGCGUGAGGCGGCCAACGCCGCCGAGUUCGCGGAGGCGAUCGCGCGCACCCCACUCGGAGCCGCAGUGUGCGUGCCGGAAGUCGUAGCCGAGUGCACAUCAGGCAAGGUGUUGACAACCGAGUGGGUGGAGGGCACCCGGUUGGAACAGAGCACGUCGGAGGAUGUGACGACAUUGUGUUCGGUGGCAAUGAGCACAUACCUUACGAUGUUACUAGAGGUGAACAUAUUGCAUGCGGAUCCUCAUCCGGGAAACCUGCUCAGGACGCCUGACGGACGCCUUUGCAUUCUCGAUUGGGGUCUCAUCACGCGCGUAGACAAGGAGAUACAAGUGACGAUGAUCGAGCACGUGGCAAACCUUGUGUCCCGAGAAUACGAGGAACUCCCGAACGAGCUCACGAAGCUUGGUUUCGUGCCCGAGGGCAAAGAGCAGGAGAUCGCUGAGAGCGAAGUUGUCGACGUCCUCUCCGAUGUCUACAGCAAGUGGACUGAUGGCGGCGGCGCCGCCAGCAUCGAUAUCACGUACUUCGUGAACAAGCUGCAGGAGCUUGGGGGGCAGUAUGGCAGCAUCUUCCGCGUUCCUCCUUAUUUCUUUUACAUCGCAAGGGCAUUCGUGGUGCUGGAGGGCAUCGGCUUGCAGAACAACAAGGCUUAUUCGAUCGUUUCGGAGUGCAUGCCGUACGUCGCAAAACGUCUGCUGAGCGACCGCUCGCCACGUAUCGCCAGCGCUCUAGAGAGGUUCGUCUACGGUAGCAAUAAAAACCUUCCUGACCGGACAGUCAGCAUCGAUAAGGUGGAGAAUCUGACGUCUGGGUUUUCGAAUUACAGAACAGCGACCGUGGGCCUCCUCAAGUCCGCGACUCCCGACGAGGAGGCCGACAAGCUUGUGGUCCAGCUUGCGGAGCUCCUGGUCGACGACGGAGACGACGCUUCAGUGGGGGCCCCACCCACGCCGUUGCAGCGCAUCGUAGUCGAUGAGUUGGCGAAGGUUCUGGGCGCGGGCGCGCGCAACACUCUGGCGUCGCUGGGGUUCGCGCCGCCCGGCGGGACGCGGUGGAGCGUGAUCGCUCCCGACGAGGCCGAUGCGAAGACCUUGACGGCCGCCAGCAAGAUCGCAGAGAUGGCCCGGCCGCGCACAGAGGCCCUGCUGGAGUCCUUCCGCGGCCUCCAGACUGCGGAGCAGAUCCGAGUGGCUACCAAGGUGCUGCAGAGGGUCUGGGAGUACCGCGGUGGCCUGCUGCGCACGGGUGGCCGCGUGGCCGCGAAGUUGCUGUCGCAAGGCCUGGUGCGGCUCGGGAAGGACCUGCUGCCCGAGCAGCGGCCAGAGAAGCUGGGGAGCCCGUCCGCAUGA